AUGGAUUUCAGCAUUAAAGUGUCUUACAAGACCUAUGACGUCAGAGGACCUACUUCGAUAAUGAUUUAUGGAGGCUCCCUCAUAACCCAACGACAUGUCCUCACUGCUGGACAUUGCAUCACAGACUCCUUGUACGUGGUACGUUUUGGCGUGAUACAUUUAGGAGAAAAGUCUCGUUUCGUCAAAGAUCAAAAAUCUUGGGACUAUCCAAUAAAAAGGACAAUACUUCACGAGGAAUUUUUAAAAACAUAUUCAAACACCGUCAACGAUAUUGGAUUGGUUGUGUUAGCAAAAGACGUGAAAUUUACAGAAAACAUAAGCCCGGUGUGUUUGCCACUACCUACCUAUUAUAGAAGAAAUAUAGAAGGUGUAACUCAUGGAACUGUGACAGGUUGGGGAGAGACUGAGAGUGGGAGCUUAUCAUCCAAGCUCUUAUAUUCAUCGAUGAAGCUGUACGAAAAUGAAGAGUGUAGAAAAAUAUAUAAGCACUAUUAUACAAUAGACGAGCGGGUGCUGUGCGCAGGAGAGCACGGGACUGACGCGUGUCACGGGGACAGCGGGGGACCCCUGGUGUGGCUGCAGUGCGUGGGACCCAAAGGCGAGGAUAUGCCUUAUGAUGGCAUCGACCUGUAUUUCCAAAUCGGAAUUGUCUCAAGCGGCUUCGCGUGUGAAUAUAGUGCGUUCAGAGGCGUAUAUGUUAACGUUUCCUAUUACAUACCGUGGAUAGAAGAAAAGGUGUUGGGGAGAACUACAAUAAAGAUAUAAAUUUAAGGUUAUAAUAUUGUAUUUUUUUUUAAUUUAGCCGGUGAAAAUGUUCAUCU